AGCCUUUUGUUGGAAUCUUAGCCAAUGGAGACGGAUUACGACACAGAGGAGCGGAGAUAUAUAACGAGCCCUUUUAGGAGGUACUUGCACACUUUUCAAUGACACAUCUUAACAUUCGCACCUAUGGACUUAAUUAUUAUCAGAUAAGGCAACCAAAACAACUAUAGCAUGAAAACGGGUUAUGCGUCAAAUCGGUAGAUAGGCUAAAGUACAGAGAAAACCCACUAGGACGCACCUACCUAGGUUUAUUGCUGUCCUACAAUAAAAUAUUUUAAGAGGCGACUCUAUUGGAGUAGUUGCAUAUCAUUGGUACCUUUGCAAGGUAAGGAAACAGGUUGUGACAAGCAACAUUUCAGAGAGGUUAGAGGAAGGGAUAACGCGAGCAGAAAGUUAUAUAGCCUGACAAGUCAUCAUCAUGCCGAGGUAUAACUUUUUGCUGUGUUUGAUGGUUUAUAUUUGUCUGGGACUGUCCGGGAGUGACGAGCCUAAUCUUUUUUUGCCACCAACGAGCGAGACUCCCACGGACGACGGGCUUUCGCUCCUCGAUGAAGAAGCGGGCGCUCAUGGAUGUUCCGCAUGCGUUUGGCGAGAGCAAAGUAAAGUCCUGAGGCUGGAGACCAUCAAGUCUCAGAUCCUGAGCAAGCUGCGGCUCAAGCAGGCUCCUAACAUUAGUAGGGAGGUAGUGAACCAGCUGCUCCCCAAGGCACCCCCGCUCCAGCAGCUUCUGGACCAUCACGAUUUCCAGGGAGACGCGUCCUUUCAGGAUGAGUUUAUGGAGGAGGACGAAUAUCACGCCACUACGGAGUCCGUCAUCACUAUGGCCUCCGAGCCGGAGCCCUUGGUGCAGGUGGAUGGCAAGCCCAGCUGCUGCUUCUUCAAGUUCAGCCCCAAGCUCAUGUUCACCAAGGUUCUGAAGGCUCAGCUGUGGGUGUACCUACGACCGCUGCAGCAGACCUCCACCAUCUACCUGCAGAUCCUCAGGCUGAAGCCCGUCACGGAGAAGGGCAGCCGCCACAUCCGGAUCCGCUCGCUGAAGAUCGAGCUCAACUCCCGUGUGGGCCACUGGCAGAGCAUCGACUUCAAAAACGUGCUGCAGAACUGGUUCAAGCAGCCGCACACCAACUGGGGGAUCGACAUCAACGCCUUCGAUGAGAGCGGCAACGACCUGGCAGUGACCUCGCUAAGACCGGGGGAGGAAGGGCUGCAGCCGUUCCUGGAGGUUAAGGUUCUCGAGACGACCAAACGUUCCCGACGUAACCUGGGACUGGACUGCGACGAGCACUCCACUGAAUCCCGCUGCUGCCGCUACCCGCUAACGGUGGACUUUGAGGCUUUCGGCUGGGACUGGAUCAUCGCGCCCAAGCGCUACAAGGCCAACUACUGUUCGGGCCAGUGCGAAUACAUGUUUAUGCAGAAGUAUCCACACACCCACCUGGUACAACACGCCAACCCCAGAGGCUCAGCAGGGCCCUGCUGUACCCCUACCAAGAUGUCGCCCAUCAACAUGCUCUACUUUAACGACAAGCAGCAGAUCAUCCACGGCAAGAUCCCUGGCAUGGUGGUGGACAGGUGUGGCUGCUCUUAGACCCAACGGAAGUCAUGCAUACUCGUGCACGCCUAACUCCACAUCAUUUCCACCCAAAACCCUGACUAAGCGCUCCUCUGGCACCAGACUUUAUCCCCCUUCUCACUCCGCCACAAAACAUCCCACUGGACCUCCAUUCUCUUAGUUAUUCAUUUUAGUCAAACGUAAAAAUGAAAUAUGAAAUGAAGAUAGGACUGAGGCUGAGUGGUAGAAAUAUAUAUUGCAUAUUAUAAAGGGGAUGUGUCUGUGGAGCAGCUUGAGAAACUUAUGGUAAAUAAGACAAAACUAUGUUUUAGGUGUUUGUUCGUUUGUGGUUGGUUUUCUUCAAAAAAAAGUUUGAAAGAAAAUGUCUAUCAGGUUUCUUGAAAAGAUGGUGUCUUUGUUGAAAUGUCCUGGAUAGUGGAUCCAGGCUGAUGGAGGGAGACAUUCCUAAGCAGUUACAGUAUAUUAUAAUUUUUCCACAUCUUUACUUCCAAGCAAAUUCAGUUCUGAGGUGAGGGGCCAAACUGUUUUAUCUGUGUAAAAAAUGCUUUAUUCACAUAUUAUACUCCUAUCAACGGGAUUUGUUUCACAACCAAGACAUUUAUGGACAGUGCCAAUAGAGGGGGACUUCGUCUACGAAUUACCAGUGCUAUUGUGCAAUGCUUCACUUUUAGCAUCUUUAUGUCAUUACAAAACAAAUCUCCCUUACUUGUCUACUUUUAGACUUAAAAGUUGAUGAAAUUAAUCCAACAUUUUAUGAAAAUACUGUUCUAAAGGUUUAAAGUGUUGAGAUCCAAAGUCAAACUCUGUGCCCUUUGAACCCGUUCAGUUAUUUUGAGAAAAAUAAGAAAAGAAAGGAGUUAUUUCGCUACCUUUAAAGGGGCAGUGCAGUCAAAAACGUGAUUUCCCUAUGUUUUAUAUUAUUACCACACUGAGGUUGGAAUAAUAUUGUGAAAACUAUGAUAAUACCCUUUUAGUGUAAGAGCUGUUUGAAAAAGCCGCCUGAAAUUUCAGCUUGUUUUGCAAGGGUGGGGUUUUGGACCACCUGGCGACAUCACCAGGUGGUAUGAGUUAAUAAACCAAUAACAGAGAGUUUGCCCUCCUUUCUGACAAUAGGCAAGUUAAUUUUGCAUGGCCCGGUGCCUCGUGUAGGUGGAGUUUAUACAUUUUAGACCAUUCCAUUGGUCCUUAAGUGAAAUCUCCAGCCACCCGGGGCACCGGGCCAUGCCAAACAAACUUGCCCAAUAACAGCAAGUUUUCAGGUUACAUGUCCUUCCCAUUAGCCUCCUCCAAUUAGGCUCCUCACUCAGACCACUCAAAUUCCUUCUUGAGGAAUAGCUUCGUGCUAAGAAACUAUUUUUGUUUCUUUUUUAAAUAUUUUUAUUGAAAACAAUCACAGUAAAGUACUUAAUUGAUACCAAGAAAUUAUUUGAUAUUGAGAUAAAAACACCUGCAAUGGACCUUUAAAAGUGAACAGGAAAGGGUUGUAAUACACAUUCUAUCUGUUUUACUGCAGAAGCUCACAUAACAGCUCAGAUGACCUCAAUAUCAACCUGCGCACAAUGUUUAGAUGAACUAAGACAAACAUGUCAAAGCUACAUUCAUAAAACCUUCUGGUUGGUCUAGGGAACACAAUUUUAGAAUUCAAGAUUUGGCUUGUUAGAUUUUUGUAUAGCCCAUCUUUGGAUUUCUAUUACAUAUCAACUAAAUCAAGAGAAUGAUGCAAGGGUGGCAGUUUACACUACUGUAAUUGUCAGAUUAUUUUGUAUGGAGUAAAUUCACAGUGAAAGGGAACCCCACAAGUACAUCUGGUCCACAUGAAUAUAGCUUACUUAGGCGGUGUUUACACAGGCAAGCAAAUUCUGAUAUUUUUCCCACUAAUUGGUCUUUUGACCAAUCACAUCAGAUCUUUUUCAGAGUGGACCCGAUUGAUCAGAAGACAGAUAGUGAAAAAAAGAUCAGACUUGGGCUACCUGUGUAAACGCAGCCUUAUAUACUUCUGUUAUUUUCACUCUGCACACUGUGCAUUUAGCAUUCCCAUUUACACAAACAAACCUAAUGAUCAGAGGAACACAUUUAUUCUGACAAGUUGCUAUGGUGGGAAUGUUGGUUGUGGCAAAGGAGACAACCUUGUGUUGGAAAGAAAAUCAAAUGCUUGAUUGACAUAGGCCUUCAUACUAGUAAGUAAAGGGAAGAGCUAGAUUGUGAGUCAUAUAGAAAAUAAGGAACAUUGAUACGGACAAGAAUACAGCUGAAAUGCCAUUUCUAGUUUAGAGAGAACAUAUAUUUUGAUUGAAUAUUUCAAUGGCCCCACCCCCACCUCAACUGCAUCUGUAACAUGCAGUAAAUAUUGGAAGUGCUUGAACGUAGUGUAGAUUAGAAAGUCUGUCUUGUCUCCUGGAUGUCAAAGUGAAGAUAUCCCUUUGUUAAAAACGAAAGCACUAUGCUGUUGGAUAAAGGAAGAGCCUUCUGACAUUAUAUAUAAAUAAUAUAUGUAUAUAAUAAAAAGGGGUACAAAAAAUACUUUCUGGGCACUACCUUACCAACAAUAAAUUUUGCACUAUGGGACGUUCAUGGCGUGAGGAGUCGUGUUGUUGUUUGUGUUUGUAUUUUACCUUAUCGAGCACAAGAGCUUUUACAAUUGAAAAAAGAACGGUCCAAGCGUCUGGCGAUACACCAUGUGGAUAGGCUCACUAGUCUAUCACUUCUUUUGUUACCAUCACGCUUUCCUGACUUCCUUUUCGUCUGAAGCGGAGGCCUGUCCAUAUUCUCACGCUCCUCUUACACUCAUCUCAGAAACCUGGACUGACCAGCGGCCAAAAGGCCUCCUCGCCCUCCCGGGGUGAUAAGUCGUGUGUUACAAGUGUCUGGACCGAUGAACAUAGAACGCUUUAAACUGGAAAUGCCCCUCCGUCAACUUCAAUCAAUCUGUCAUCAACUCUGAGAGACUUUUGUCCUUUUGAAUUUGAGCGACUUGUGUUGACAGUCUAACACAGACAUGUUUUGCCUUUGUGUGUUUUGAGUGAAAGUGCCCAUAUUAGAAUGGGAAAAAGUAUCCAGGGAUCGUUAGCCAAAGUAGAGGAUGAUAUGUGUGCUGUAACUUUUGUAACUGCAGGAAUAUAUAUGCUAAACAAUUCAACUGGUCAAGUGUCUCUGUAUUUAUUAAGAUCAAAUCAAUGAAUUUCAAAGUAUGUCUACCUCACUUCAGCAUUCUGUUAUAAAUUUGACACUUAGGUUUUGUUAUGAGUUAAUCUGUGCAAACUUGUAACCUGGAUAGUAAACCCAAAAAAGUAGACUAAAGCCACAGAGUCACCUUGGUCUCAAGUCAAGAUUGAGUAAUUGACAGCUGAGUUCAAAAGAGUGACUGAAGCAAAUAGCUAAAGGUAAUGUAUACUGACAAAAGAAGAAGAAAAUGGCUGUGCACAGGAGGAACAUGGCUGAACUCUGGUUAAGGCUGUGGCAAAAGUUGCAUUUUGAAUUUUUGUGUCUGUAUACCGGUAUGUGUAAGAAAGUGUUUUCAUAUAUAUAAAUAUAUGAGAGGAAAAAAUCUCUAUGUAAAUAAAUACCCAAAUGUUGACAUUUUAUGUUUUGGACAGGUUCUCCGCUUCUGUUUUUGCCAACUUUCUUUUGCUUUCAUUUGUUCAUCAUGUUCUGUAGAUAAAAUUCACCCCAACAUUGUAGUUUAAUGGUUGUGCAUAUUAAUAAUUGUUCCAUGGUUAUUUUUUAUUUUUUUGUUAUUUGUUUUAUUUUGUACAAUAAAUCAUUUAUUUAGCUUACGAAA